UUGUUUUUUUCUGUAUAGUAACAAAAUAAACAAAGCAGAUCGACUUCGGAGAACUACUGAAAUUUUUCUUCCAACAGGAAAGUCAAGUUAUUUUAAGGAUUUUUAAGUCUUACUAAAUCCAAAACAUGGGAGCAGUUCUUGGAUUGUGCUCAGCAGCCCAGUGCGCCUUGUGCUGCACUGGAACAGCAGCAUCGAUGUGCUGCAGCGCCUGCCCAUCCUGUAAAAAUUCAACAUCUUCCCGUUUUAUGUAUGCCUUUAUGCUACUUGUUGGAACGAUUUUGGGAGCAAUUGCUUUAUCGCCAGGAUUGCAGGGCACUUUGAAGAAGUUGCCAUUCUGUAUAAACUCAACAUCGUCAACCAGUUCCAAAGCAUUAGACGCGUUCUCAGGUGGAUCCCUACAAGUCGAUUGUGAAUAUGCUCUUGGUUAUAUGGCUGUAUAUCGAAUAUGUUUCGGUUUGGCAUGCUUCUUUGCCCUAAUGGCAUUAAUUAUGGUGGGAGUAAAGUCAUCGCGAGAUCCACGUUCACACAUACAAAAUGAAUUUUGGGGAUUGAAAUUUUUGAUAUGUUUUGGUGCCACUAUUGGAGCAAUAUUCAUUCCAGAUGGGUCGUUUGGACCGGCUAUGAUGUGGGUUGGUCUUAUAGGUGGUUUACUUUUUAUUCUGGUUCAAUUGGUUAUUAUUGUGGAUUUUGCUCACUCUUUGGCUGAAAAUUGGAUUGAGAACGCCGAGAAUAACCGUGGCUACUACUUUGCCUUAGUGUUUGUGACUUUACUUAGCUAUGGUCUGUCGAUUGCUGGAAUUUCUCUUCUCUAUAUAUACUUCACACAUACCGGAGGUUGUGGUCUUAACAAAUUCUUUAUAUCAUUCAACCUGAUUUUGUGCAUUAUGAUAAGCGUUCUAUCUGUAUUACCAGCCGUACAAGAGAGAUUGCCACAAUCUGGUUUAUUACAAAGUUCAUUGGUUACACUAUAUACCAUUUACUUAACAUGGUCAGCUGUUGCCAAUAAUCCAGAAAAAGAAUGUAAUCCGGGCAUGUUUAAUAUUAUCGAGGGUAAUACUAGUGUUACAAGCACAGUGGCUCCACCGACACCUAGCUCAAAGGUAACCUUUGAUACUACCAACAUAAUUGGUCUGGUUGUUUGGAUGCUUUGUAUUCUGUACAACUGUAUUAGUUCUGCUGUAGAAGUAUCCAAAAUUAAUAAUGAUGGAGAAAAGAGAGUUUUAACAGAAGUUUUAUCAGAUGCAGAAACAGGUGGAGAUGGCAAAGUCAAAAGUGAUAAUGAAACCGAAAGUGUCACAUACUCAUGGUCAUUAUUCCACAUUGUGUUCGUAUGUGCAUCGCUUUAUGUUAUGAUGACGUUAACCAAUUGGUAUAAACCAAAUUCGGACAUAGAACUAUUUAAUGCGAAUGCUGCUUCUAUGUGGAUAAAAAUUAUUUCCAGCUGGAUGGGUAUUUUCAUAUAUGGUUGGAGUUUGGUAGCUCCUGCCAUAUUAACAAGUCGUGAAUUCAAUUAAAUAGAAUAACUCAAAAGUAUUCAUUUAUUCAACUCCUUACAACAAUGUCUGCGAAACAGACAAUAUCGAUGUUUACAUAUACUUAUUGAUUAAACAAGACGAUGGAAAUUUCAAUGUAGAUCCAGUAUAGAUUAACCCUUACGUAUGCAUGUGAUUACUUAUUCAAAUAAUAUAUCUUAAAAAAUUACCAAAUCAUUGGAGAUAGAAGGAAGUUAAAAAUAAAUCUCACAAGUAUUUA